AUGACGUCGAAUAGCGACGGUUCAAGUACCAGUCCAGUUGAGAAACCAAUUACCGGCGAUGUUGAAACUAAUGAACCUACCAAACCAAUACGGCGGCUUUCAACGCCAUCGCCAGAACAAGAUCAAGAAGGCGAUUUCGACGAAGAAGACGAUGAUGACAAAUUCAGCGUGAGCACAUCAACUCCCACCCCAACCAUAACGAAAACUAAGGACAGCAGCGACACAAGUACGGUUACGAGGCGGAAGCAGCCGAUCAGGUACAUCGAGAAUAAGACCCGGAGACAUGUCACCUUCUCGAAGAGGCGGCACGGGAUCAUGAAAAAAGCAUAUGAGCUCUCCGUCCUAACCGGCGCCAAUAUUCUGCUUCUAAUUCUGGCAAACUCUGGCCUGGUCUACACUUUCACAACGCCUAAGCUCGAGCCGGUGGUACGGGAAGACGAGGGUAAGAGCCUCAUCAGGGCAUGCAUCAAUGCUUCAGACACUCCUGACGCUACCGACACGUCGCCGGCACAGGAACAAUCUCCGGCAAACUGA